CUGGCCUAGCUUGAGUCCCGGCGGCUCCCGGCCCCUUGCGACCCGCGGGGCCCCUUCCCCUGGCUUUUGCUCUGCCCCAGUUCUGGGCCAUCGGAGCCUGGUGUUCCUGGCUGGGCGCCCUGGUUACGGGACUGGAGGCGGGGUUCAAGGGUUCUGGAUGAAGGACUGAGGAUGACGGCGAGCCCCGAGAGCCCCUUCCCCUCUGGGAGCGACCUGGACUCCAGCCAGUUACAGAUGGAACCCGAUGAGGUGGACACUCUGAAGGAGGGAGAGGACCCAGCUGACCGGAUGCACCCCUUUCUGGCCAUCUAUGACCUUCAGCCUUUGAAAAUGCACCCCUUGGUGUUUGCUCCUGGGGUUCCUGUCACAGCCCAGGUGGUGGGCACUGAAAGAUAUACCAGUGGAUCCAAGGUGGGAACCUGCACUCUGUAUUCGGUCCGCUUGACUCAUGGUGACUUUACCUGGACAACCAAGAAGAAGUUCCGUCAUUUCCAGGAGCUGCAUCGGGACCUACUGAGACACAAAGUCUUGAUGAGUCUGCUCCCUCUGGCUCGCUUUGCUGUCCCCUAUCCUCCAGCCCGAGAGGCAGCCGACAGAGAGAUGCCCUCUCUACCCCGAACAGGUCCUGAGGGCUCCACCAGACAUGCAUCCAGCAAACAGAAAUACCUGGAGAAUUACCUCAACCGCCUCCUGACCAUGUCUUUCUACCGCAACUACCACGCCAUGACAGAGUUCCUAGAAGUCAGUCAGCUGUCUUUUAUCCCAGACCUUGGAUCCAAAGGACUGGAAGGGGUGAUCCGGAAGCGUUCAGGUGGCCACCGUGUUCCUGGCCUUACCUGCUGUGGCCGAGACCAAGUUUGUUAUCGCUGGUCCAAGAGGUGGCUAGUGGUGAAGGACUCCUUCCUGCUGUACAUGUGCCUCGAGACUGGUGCCAUUUCAUUUGUUCAGCUCUUUGACCCUGGCUUCGAGGUGCAGGUGGGGAAAAGGAGCACAGAGGCACGAUACGGGGUCCGAAUUGACACCUCCCACAGAUCCCUGAUUCUCAAGUGCAGCAGCUACCGGCAGGCGCGGUGGUGGGGCCAGGAAAUCACUGAGCUGGCCCAGGGCCCGGGCAGAGACUUCCUGCAGCUGCACCGUCAUGACAGCUACGCUCCGCCCCGGCCUGGUACUUUGGCCCGGUGGUUUGUGAAUGGGGCAGGUUACUUUGCUGCUGUGGCGGAUGCCAUCCUGCAAGCUCAAGAGGAGAUUUUCAUCACAGACUGGUGGUUGAGUCCUGAGAUUUACCUGAAACGUCCGGCCCAUUCAGACGAGUGGAGACUGGACAUUAUGCUCAAGAAGAAGGCGGAGGAGGGUGUCCGUGUGUCUGUACUGCUGUUUAAGGAAGUGGAGUUGGCCUUGGGCAUCAACAGUGGCUAUAGCAAGAGGGCUCUGAUGCUGCUGCACCCCAACAUAAAGGUGAUGCGCCACCCAGAUCAGGUGACAUUGUGGGCCCAUCAUGAGAAGCUGCUGGUGGUGGACCAAGUAGUGGCCUUCUUGGGGGGGCUGGACCUCGCCUAUGGCCGCUGGGAUGACCUGCACUACCGACUGACUGACCUUGGAGACGCCUCUGAAUCAGCUGCCCCACAGUGUUCCUAUCUUCUCUUUGGCCCUGACUCUGAAUGGUGCCUGUGCCCUCUCCUUGCCCAUGGCUUGGGUGUGUUCCUCUCACAGCCUCCCACCUCGUGCUCAGACUCUCCAGCCACCCCAGACUUGUCUCACAACCAACUCUUCUGGCUGGGCAAAGACUACAGCAAUCUUAUCACUAAGGACUGGGUGCAACUGGACCGGCCUUUUGAGGAUUUCAUCGACAGGGAGACCACACCUCGGAUGCCAUGGCGGGACGUGGGGGUGGUUGUCCACGGCCCACCCGCCCGGGACCUGGCCCGGCAUUUCAUCCAGCGCUGGAACUUCAACAAGACUACCAAGGCCAAGUACAAGACACCCAUGUACCCCUACCUGCUACCCAAGUCCACCAGCACCUCAAACCAGCUCCCCUUCAUACUCCCAGGGGGGCAGUGUGCCACUGUGCAGGUCUUGCGGUCAGUGGACCGCUGGUCAGCGGGGACUUUGGAGAACUCCAUCCUCAAUGCCUACCUGCACACCAUCAAGGAGAGCCAGCACUUCCUCUACAUUGAGAAUCAGUUCUUCAUUAGCUGCUCAGAUGGACGGACGGUUCUGAACAAGGUGGGCGAUGAGAUUGUGGACAGAAUCCUGAAGGCCCACAAGCAGGGUCAGUGCUUCCGAGUCUAUGUGCUUCUGCCCCUGCUCCCUGGUUUUGAAGGUGACAUCUCCACAGGUGGUGGUAACUCCAUCCAGGCCAUUCUGCACUUCACUUACAGGACCCUGUGUCGUGGGGAAUAUUCAAUCCUGCAUCGCCUCAAAGCAGCCAUGGGGACAGCGUGGCGGGACUAUAUGUCCAUCUGUGGGCUCCGCACCCAUGGAGAGCUGGGCGGGCAUCCGGUCUCAGAGCUUAUCUACAUCCACAGCAAGAUGCUCAUUGCAGAUGACCGGACAGUCAUCAUUGGCUCUGCGAACAUCAAUGACCGGAGCCUGCUGGGGAGGCGGGACAGUGAGCUGGCUGUGCUGAUUGAGGACACAGAGAUGGAACCAUCCCUCAUGGAUGGUGUGGAAUAUCAGGCGGGCCGGUUUGCCUUGAGUUUGCGGAAGCACUGCUUCAGCGUGGUUCUGGGGGCAGAUGCCCGGCCAGACCUGGAUCUCCGAGACCCUGUCUGUGAUGACUUCUUCCAGUUGUGGCAAGACAUAGCUGAGAGCAAUGCCAACAUCUAUGAGCAGAUCUUCCGCUGCUUGCCGUCCAACGCCACACGUUCUCUGAGGGCACUCCGGGAGUAUGUGGCAGUGGAGCCCCUAUCCACGGUCAGCCCUCCCUUGGCCCGGUCUGAGCUCACCCAGGUCCAGGGCCACCUGGUCCACUUCCCCCUGAAGUUCCUGGAGGAUGAGUCUUUGCUGCCCUCUCUGGGUAGCAAGGAGGGUGUGAUGCCCCUAGAAGUAUGGACAUAGCUGUGGCUUCAGCCAGAAGAGGUCACCAGCCGCUGGGCUCCACUGAGUCUGGCUCCCUGCCCCCUGACCCUGAGGACUGAAGGCAGUGCCCUUUGCCUUUGAGACCUGGGGGAGGCAGCAUCUCUGAAGGGGAUGAGAGAAGUCACAGAGGACCCUUUCUUGAGAAGCAGCCAAAAAGGACACUCCCAACCUUGGGCUGGGGAGGCAGACGGGGGUCCCAGAGAAGUUCAUUCUUCCUGCUGCCCAGUUCAAACCACUGCUACAGAGGAGAAGCAAAACUUCUGCGAGGACGCCUGGAGCAAGCCUUCCCAUCUCUCCUUUCCUCCUCCUGCCCCAGGGUCUCUCCCAGCCCAUUGCUGCCAAGGCGGAGGGAAGGAUGAAGCCAGUCCUGGCUUCAGCCCCCACAGCGGGGAGGGGUGGGGAGUACACACUAACUCCCCCACCAGCCUGCGCACAGACACUAACUUUGUAUCAGUUCAAUAAGCAUUUCAUAAAUAAAAGUGUAG